AUGCAGCUCUACGGCUUUUUGGCGACGUUCUCGAGUGCGGUGGCUGUGACGAAUGCGAUCCCCGUGAGCUUCUACAAUCACUGCAGCUCCACCAUCGAGCUGUACAACAACACCCACACGGAGAACAUCGACCCUGGCUGCAGUACGACGCGGUACCUUGAAGAAGGCUUCAGCGGCAUGUUCCGCAACGGCUGGCACCCUCAAGCCACACUGGCCGAGUUCUCGGUGUCGUGGGGCUUUCUUUGGUACGAUAUCAGCAUCAUCCCGACGGGAGUUCAGACAGGGCCUGGCAAUUGUUCGUCUUUGGAGGACUGCAAGGCGGUCACUGGCGGCGUUGGCUUCAACACCCCGAUGCAGAUCGCGCCGUCUGGGUGCACGGCAGUCACGUGUCUGGCUGACGGCUGCGAAGACGCCUACCAGUACCCGACGGACGACUUCAAGACGCACGCCUGCCCCGACACCACGCCGAGUGUCGACGUGACCUUCUGCCCAGGUGGGUUGGAUGCUGUGGCGGCACCGACGCCGGCACCCACGCAGGCGAACUGCCCGCGCCGAUGCACAGCGUCCUUGCGCACAAGCUAG